ACUGGAAAGGUUUAGGAAAACAAACAAUGUAAAGCAAAUGCAUUUAUAGAUUUUAAUAUCUUGUGUAACUAAUUCCUGAAAACGUCUUCAUACAGGUAAGCACUGAGCUUUAGACACUCCCAUUUUUCCACCUCUUGCAUCACCCUGAGGCUUUAGCUGGCUUUAUAAAUUUACACACGAACAGAGUCCUGGGCAAAUGAGAAGGAGAGAGUAUGGGAUGACUAUAGGGAGCACUUGAGAAACACCAGACAGCUCAUGGUCAGCUGUCUGAUGGGAAUGAAAUAAAAACAUAUAUAUCACCUCCCAGAAAACUACACGGAUUCUACUUUAUGUCUGGCAAUGAGACGGCAAUUCUGCAUCAGCUGGCGAUUUUAGUGGUAUGUCAUGGCUUAGCAGUGGGUCAGAUCUCUUCUUAUUACUUCCUAGUCCAAAGACCUAUGCCAUGGGUCAAAGCCCAGGAGUUCUGUCAGAAGUACUAUGUGGACCUUGCUGUCCUGACCACAGAGGAGCAGUACUUCAGUGUCCUGAAUGCUACUCCUGCCACAAAAGUCAGCUUUUGGCUUGGUCUGAAACGCCAGAGUGUCUCCAGUGACUGGCAGUGGGUGAAUGGGGAACAACUGGGCUAUGAACACUGGUACAGGAGAAACAAUGAAGGCUGCUGUGCAAGUUUAGAGGCCAUGCUGGAAAAAGACAAGAACCUGUUGGCUCGCUACUGUAAGGAACCACACAUGGUUGUCUGUCAGGGUCCACAUUCCCCUCAGUCGGUGACAGUUGACUCAGUGGGUGCGGAACAUGUGAAUCUUAGUUGGAAUAUCUCUGCCUUUAUGCAGACGACACCACACAGUUACAAUGUGACCAUAUGUGACAGCAGAUGUGAGACAGUCCUUUACUCCUGCACCAAUGGUUCUGCAGUGAUGAGCAUCAGCAUCUCCAACUUAACAUCAGGCACAAAGUAUUUCCUACAUAUCUCUGCCUUUGUUGUUCGGCCUGACAGUGUUACUGGUGGAAACAUCAUCCUGCAGAGUAACCCUACAACAGUAGACGUUAAAACAGAUCACGAUAUCAUCUUUGCUGUUUUGAUGGUCAUUAAACUGAUGUUGCUUGCUCCUCCACUGUGGAUUCUUUAUCAUAUCCUUAAAAAAGCAGGUCGUUUUGAAGAAUCAAAUCAUUACAUCUCUCCAGUGUUGCUCUCAACUGAAGACACAAUUGUUGAUCUGGUCCCUCAGAAAACUCCAGGCAUUGGUUAAGACACGGAAAAAACAUAGUCUGGACAUUUGUAGAAAAAUCUCUUCAAAUGAAAAAUGCCAACACAAUGAAUAUAGAAUACAUGGAGACAGAUUCAUUUUUUAAAUAAAUUGCUUCUCAUUUACAAAUGAAUCGUUAACCAGUGUGUAGAAAAUACUACAGUUAAACCUUCUUUUUUGAAACAUGGUAUGACCAAAUUUUCUAAAAUACCUUUCGAUUUUUAUUAAAUUUGAUCCUAAAUGAGUGACUAAGACCACGAACUCAACAGGAUUGUGUUUUCCGUUGCCGUUUACCCACAGACUCAUAGUACCGAAAGCCUUUACGCAGCCACAGAUAUUGCAUUGUAGUGGCCCUUCACAUAGGAUGCAGGUUUAAGGCACUUUCACAUUGGCUUCAUCUUUAUAAACAGACAUCUACACUGUUGUUUUGUAUUGUAUGGUUGUACCAUUGGUCAUUCAGAUUAGUGAGCAUAUGUGAAAAUAUAUGACCCUCAAAAUUUUAAAAAGUAGUCCCUGGAGUAUUAGUUAAAAGCAUUUUAUGCUUCUUCUUUUUUUAACUAAAACUACCUGUUAGUCAUUUCCCACAAAAUGUGUCAUGCUGUAACUCAUCACAGUCUGAGUUAUGAAGUAUUAGCACAAGUCAAUGCAGUGAAGUGUCAGAUGGACCACUGUAGUAUCACUUUUUACCUCAAGAUGAAACCGUCAUUUGAUUUUAAUGAGCAGUAGGAAGAAAUCACAUAUUAUGUAUUAUGUUGUUUUGUUUUUCCACUUUUUCUUGAUGUACUCACCUUUAGUUUAUUUAAAAAAGCAAGAAAGUCAGUAAAUGUGAAAAAUGAGCGAAGGACAAUAUAUUUCAUCCAGUGCUGCUAGAAGUUAUAAGUCAUAAAAAUAUAAACUAU